AUGACACAGGUCAUCUCUUUGGUUACGCCGUCCCAGGCUAUGACCCCGGCCCACUCCUCCCCCAUGGAUUCCGAUGACUACGGUAGACCCCGGUUUCGUGCCUUGCCCGAUACUCCGGACUCACCUAGUCCUCGCACUUCUGGUCUGAGUAGAAAACGUGCCGCUUCCAUCAACACUGUUGAUGCAAGCUACGGUCGACUCGAGAGGCUUCAGUUGAGCACGCCUACCAGCAUGGCCAGUAGUGAAGGGACAAGAGAUAUUUGUCUCUGUGCUCCAGUACCAAAGAUUCCAAGACCUCGAAAUGCAUUCAUACUGUAUCGCCAGCAUCAUCAAGCUCAGGUUGUUGCUCGCAACCCUAACCUUUCUAACCCUGAUAUCUCAAAGAUCAUCGGAGAGCAGUGGAAAGACGAGCCCCAAGAAGUCAAAGAUAACUGGAAGGGCUUAGCAGACGAAGAAAAGCAACGCCAUCAAAGACAGUAUCCUGACUAUCGCUACCAACCUAGACGUGGAAACAAGGCCCAGGGGCUCAGAUCUGGCUCCUUAUCAGGAGACGACUCUGGCAGAUGCCCCAGGUGUAACCUGCGCUGCAUUGUGACUCCCCAAACACCUUCCACCCCAUUUCCUACACUGUCAGCACCAGAAGACAAAGCUAUUUCGUAUCCACACACACCAGGAUUUCGAGGUGAGGAAGCAGAGGCGGCUCGCCGUGGAAGUUAUGGUAACUUGCCUCUCAUGAGACAGCGCCUUCCAUUACAGCGACUUGCUUACCGAGACGUGGAUGACUAUGAGCCUGAGACUCCAGAGAUGAAGAGGCGCCGCUUCAACUCAACUGGCGGCUACCACGCUGUGUCCUCACCUGUAGCGCGAACAAUGUCGAUGGGUGCGACUCAUCCACGGCCAUAUCCUGUUACUCCUCUCCCUGAGCCGCACUUUACUCGAUCAAGGCCUGGUCCGAUGCCGCCUCCUCCGCGACCUGCAGCUGGAGGACCAUGGAGUGACCAAGAGUACCGUGGCCGAAAAGCCUACGAUGAGUCUCUACGGCUCCCUCCUCUGCAGACUGCUGGACCGAUGUCGCCCACCACAUCACCGGACGAUGUUCGUCAGUUACAAACCCCAAUUACUGGGCUUGGGAUCUCCAACCCUCGGGAUCCCCAAGCCAGAAGCGUCGAGGCCAUGGUUAUGUCUAUCCCAUUCAACCGCAAGCUGGAAGUCCUCUCCAAGAUCAACCGCACCACGAUUAGACUUGAUAGCAAGGACGCAGAGAAGCGAGGUGCCGUGAUUGCGAUUGAGGGACCAAAGCCGCGACUUUUGAAGCAGAUUGCUUCUCUAGUCGAACGAACCCUCUUGCUAUCCAACGAAGUUGCACUCAAGACAUGGGGUAAGGAGACGGAUGGCGAGCUAAGCGCUGCACGACGGGGCUCACAAAGCGAAGAAGAAUUACUGGAUCCAGAUACCCGAUUCACAGCAUGCUUCGAAACCAUGAUCCAAUGGCACAAAAAGUCACGAGAGAUGGUAAAGCAUAUUGCUGGCCACAUAGAGUCACCAUCCGGUUCCGAGAUAGAGAGGGACUCCGAGUCACCGACAAUUUAUCGACGUGGCUCUAUGGACGAGGACAAUGCUCCCAAGAGGGGCCGAGACGAUGGCGUAAGGACAAAGACGCCUGUGGCACUGAUCAAGGACGGGUUCAGUCUCACCCUUUCAGACGAAUUUGCUUGUACAGUGCCUAUCUCUGACGCGUACGCACCUGUCGAUCACUGGCAAUGGAUGGCCACACUUUGGCGUGGCACUGUUGACCCUGAUCUUGUGGUGUAUGUGAAGCCUAGUCUGGAAGAGGAGAUUGCGGCUUGUGGAUCAGUUGAUGUACGGGUCGGGCUUAUGAUUGUCAGAAUCGCUGUGGGCAAGGACAUGGAUGAGGCCACUGAACGACGUCUAGCUUUUGAAGUGGUUGAGUGGGUGAGAGGAGGCAGCUUCCGCGAGAGUCACGACAAGACAGAUUGA